GCCCGAUGACCGUCUCAACACACUAUCGCACCAUCUAUUGCUUUCGUCGCCGUAGUUCAUCUUCUCUGCGCAUUUUAAUGUCUCCUGUGCUGAUCAAGUCCUCAUUUUGGUUAUAUUUUGACUUGCGCCUUGCCUGAUAUCGCUGUCUUGCGUGAUAGUACAGGUGCAAAGUUGGGCGUCAAGAUCCCUACGCCGGUUGAUUUGGUGCAUAUGCGGUGAACCCAUCUCAGUUCGAAAUUCAACAAGAUACACAAAAAUGUUUCACAAAAGAAACAGCCUGAGCGGCAGAAAAGUCUCUCCGCCCCAACCUACAUGCAUGACUGCUGAACAGAAAUCUACCUAUCUCGACGAUCUCAGAAACAAUCGUCCCACUAGACCAACCGGAUCCAGGCCCGCGCCUUUUCCCUCCCGGAAUUAUGGCUCCCUGACGUCGCAGUCUUCGUUGGCACGGUCCGACUCAGCUCCCACGACGACUGGCUCAAAGCAUGGAGAUAUUCUGGAUGAUGUUGAAAAUGACCCUCCAACGGUACAAAAGUCGUAUUCUUUCUCUUCCACCUCCAAAGGCCGACCUCUCGCACAACCCCCAACCGGUGACCGACCGAUCUUGAACGGAAGGAAGGUUUCUCCGACUGCUACUGUCCAGGUCCCGUCAAUUGCACAAGAAGGAGUCUAUGUCGAGUCGGUCACGCGGAGGCUAGAAAAAGAGGAGGCACACAGUAUACGGGAAGCGUUGGAGCUCAUCGACCAAAAGGAUGAAGAACGACGGAUUUACGAUGCUGCCAAAGACGAAGCUGCCGAACUGGUCUGGAAGCAUCAAUACCCCAAGGCCGCCGAAGAGGAAAAAGUGGCUCCAUAUCGAAACCCAGACUUGAAGGCUAAGGAGAGACGACAGAACAGUGGAAACCGUCAAAUCAGUGGUUCCAGGAAAGUCUCGUUUCCGACUCCGAACAACAAGAUAUACGAAGAACCAGAACCCGAGGAGGAGCUUCCAAGGACGUCCAUUCCGCCGCCCAGUGCAGACCUACCUUUGAGGGCUAAAUCACGCAACAAACUCCCCUGGUUGAGAACGAAAAGUCCAGACACGGUGGAGGAUCCUGCCCAAAUCCCCCAGGCUAAGAAGUUCGAUCGCUUCGAGAUUCACAGAAAUCCACCCACCCAGUCACGUAAGGCCGACUACACCGAGAACACACCUCCGCGGGCACCUGCCAUCGAUGUGAUUGAGGAAGUUGACACACCCAACUCCACCAGUACUUUGGAGAUUCGGAGUGAAGAAAUCCGAGCAGCAACAAGUAUGAAGAGGAAGGACCGGAGUCCUAAUCUUCCCACGCCUACCGCUGUCAGUGACCAACUUGGGCGACCCAUUGUCAGCUUCGAUCCGACAUGGAAACGCCCCAGUGACUCACCGAGAACAAGUGAAGACGUCGAAAUACCGGUCGUGAAGGUAACCGAAUCACCUGCAGUACGACCAUUGCCGAAGCCAGCGCCCACUAUACCAGAAGUCUCGGUAUCUGCUCCUGCCAUACCUACGAUCAAUGCCCCGGACGACGGGCCUGUGAUCCCGGUUAUCAAUGUCCAGGAAAACGACGCGCCUCCGACUGUACCGGCAAUUAACUUCCCAGGUGAAUCACAUCCUGCCCCAACAGCCUCCAGACCGUUACCAAAGCACUCAUCCUCCGCACCGACGAAAUCCAGCAGCACCGUGGUGAAGACGCCCUCACAGCGCCUUCCUUGGCUUUCAUCUCGACAAUCUAUGCCCACAGUGUCUUGUUCGAGCUGUGCGCUCCCCAUCUCUGGCCGCAUCGUGACGGCCUCGGGCUCUAAUGCCCGCGAUCUCAAAGCCCGCUUCCACCCUGAAUGCUUCACUUGUCACCACUGUGCCACUCCCCUCGAAUGCGUGUCCUUCUACCCCGAGCCAGACUCCUCACGCCUGUCGCGCCUCGGCAUCUCCUCUACUUCCGACGCCGAUCCCACCAACCCUCCCGCUCUCACGCCAGAUCAACUUGCGCUUCUCGAGAACGACCCCCUGAGGUUCUUCUGCCACCUGGACUUCCACGAGUUCUUCUCUCCCCGCUGCCGGAGCUGCAAAACCCCCAUUGAAGGAGAAAUCGUGAUCGCGUGCGGUCACAGCUACCACGUCGACCACUUUUUCUGUGCGGAAUGCGGAGACCCCUUUUCGUCCACCACGCCCUUCGUGGAAGGGAAUGACGGAUACGCCUACUGUGUGCGGUGCCACACGAAACGCACAUCCGCCCGGUGCCGCGGCUGUAAACUACCCAUCCUGGACGAAAUCACGGUGGAGGCGUUGGGCGGGAAGUGGCACGGGAACUGCUUCGUGUGUUGCGAGUGCGGUGGUGGAUUCGGCGACGAGGGCAGAUUCUUCGUCAGAGAGGUGCAUGUGGAGCCGACGGACAAGGAGAAGAGGAAAGGCAUUACUAGGAAAGUAGAAGAACGCGCGGUUUGUGGAGAGUGCGAAGAGAGGAGGCUGAAAGCUUGAGCGGAUUUGGUAUGGUCGGCCUAGAAAAGAGGACGGAGGACCGUGGACCGGGGCUGGUAUGGCGCGAUGGAGGGCGAGGGUCUCACUUCCUGGAGUCCCGGCAUGGAUCUCGAUGAAGGGGGAAAAUAGGUAUCGCGGGCGUUCAAGGAUGGGAUGGGAAUGCAUGGUAGGUAUGCGAUGCUUCUACGCUUCUACGCUUCUACCCUGGACGACGUACGGGAAUGCGGAUCGGAGUUUGUGACUGGAUUCUUUCUUCCCGAGCUCUCUACUGCGCAUAUUGUAGAAUCUAUCGCAUCAGAGCCAGUAAAAAGGAACAGAAGGGAGUCGGCCAGCUCGCUCCUAGCUUGUAUCUCCGCCACUCCUUCUCCGCCAAUUGGUCCGAAACGCUAAAGAUGAAAGUGAUGAUUUGUAUCAUUGAGUUCUAGAGCAAUAAUGGGGGGGUUGCAUAUGGUCUUCUGUC